GGGACGCUAACCGUUAAUUAUGAGAAGGUGCCAAUCGAUUAUAGGUUGAAGCACAACGACUUGUUAGCCAAUAUUGUGCACAGACAUGAAGUUCCAGUCACAAGUCAACCAAUCACAAUAGUGCACAUGGACGAUGACAUUGUGGUUGUAAAUAAACCGGCAUCAAUACCAGUUCAUCCAUGUGGAAGAUAUCGUCACAACACUGUCGUCUUUAUACUUGCCAAGGAAUAUAAUUUAAAGAAUUUGCGCACCAUACAUCGCUUGGAUAGAUUAACGUCUGGUUUGUUGUUAUUCGGACGUAGUCCAAAGAAAGCCAGACAAAUGGAACAUCAAAUACGCAACAGACAAGUGCAAAAAGAGUACAUAUGCCGUGUUGAAGGCGAUUUCCCAGAAGGAAUUAUUGAAUGCAAGGAACCGAUUGAAGUUGUCAGUUAUAAAAUCGGUGUUUGUAAAGUAUCAGCCAAGGGCAAAGAUUGCACAACAACAUUUCAAAAAAUUGCACAUAAUGGUAAGACCAGUGUGGUUCUCUGCAAGCCACGCACUGGACGUAUGCAUCAGAUUCGCGUUCACUUGCAAUAUUUGGGUUAUCCUGUGGUAAAUGAUCCCCUUUACAAUCAUGAGGUGUUCGGACCGUUGAAAGGACGCGGUGGCGACAUUGGUGGUAAAACCGAUGAGGAAUUGGUACGUGAUUUGAUAAACAUACAUAAUGCAGAAAAUUGGUUGGGAAUUGACGGUGACUCAGAGAUGUCACUUUUCAAAUCAAUUAAAUCAGACUGCGAUGCAGAGAGCAUGAGCGUUAGCAGUGGACCAAAGAGUGGCAAUCUACUUAGUGAUGAAGAGUCUAUUUCGCGUGAGGCAUCACCAUGUUCAGAAAGUCCAAGACCAAAUGUCACACCAUCAAUGAGCAAUGAAAGCCCCAUUGAAACCAACUCUGCUGAGUGUGGUACAACAAUGGUCGAUGCCAGUACAGGCACAUGUACUACUGGCAAUAGUAGCAUUGGUGUUGGUGGCAAUAUGACUGUUGGUGCAGAAACACUUAUCAUCAAUGGCACUGGUUUAGCAGCAACGGGCAUUCGUGCUAAUAUGAAGCCUCAUGUCAAGGUCACUGUUGCUACUCAAACUGGUCAUGAGUCACCUGACAUGGCAUUCAAUACCGAUAAAAUGACAUCAGACAAACAUUGUUAUGAGUGUAAAGUACGUUAUCGUGAUCCAAAACCAAAGGAUUUGGUUAUGUAUUUGCAUGCAUGGAAAUAUAAGGGUCCUGGUUGGGAGUAUGAAACUGAAUUACCAAAUUGGGCUAGCGCUAAGUGGAUUGAAUCUGAUAGCGACUAAAUAUGUUUUGCUAUCUUAAAUUAAAAUAAAAAGAAACUUAAAUUUGAUAUAAACAACAAAAGAAUAUAUACACUUACAUAUAAAG